AUGCUCGCAGCACUUCCCCAGCCAGGCCUCGUGCUCUUCCCCGGCUUCACAGCCCAACGCCCCGAGACCUUUUUCGUAAAAUGCGACAGUGGAUCUUCGACCAUGGCACAUUACCAAGUUUCGUUCGCAUCUCCCACCGGCGGUCCCGGCGCACCACUCAUGCGCAUCAACGAAGAAGAGAAGAAGACUAUCAUCUUCCGUCUGCUAAACGGUCAAGAAGCGAUGAGGAUAGUGAAGCAAGUGCACAACUGGAGCGGAAAGAGCCCGGAGUACCAUGGAUACGCGCCAGAUGGGAGGAAGCUGUGGCAUUUGAGUCUAAAGUCGGGAUUGCUGAAGACGAAAUAUGUCUUGACGUGGGAGCCUGGAUCAGGAUCGUGCAUGCCAUCGGUGGAAAUAGAGAACAAAACGUCCAGUGGAGACCUUGGUCUGUUGGUCAAUGGUAGCCUGGCUAUGACCGUGACGAAGCCCAACAUCUUGAAAUGGCGGAGGGAGAACGUGGUAAACGUAGCACCAGGUAUGGAUAUCUUGCUUGCGUUGGGUCUGAAUUGGAUACGAUACGAUAAGCAGAGCAUGGAUGCGAAAGCCAUAGGUAAAGGUGUUGGUGACGGAGGUGACUCAGUAGCUGCAAUUAGCGGUGAGUAA